CAUCUGACCAAUUUCAUCGAGAUCGUUUUCAUCUAAAUCAAUCGCAAAUCUCAAUCUCAAUCCUGCUGAAUCGUUGAUCGUUUUCAUCGAUUUGCCGGUACCUGCGAGAUUGAGAUCAAUCCUGCUGAAUCGUUCAUCGUUUUCAUCGAUUUGCUGGAACCCUAGCUCCUCUGUUCAUUCAUUGAUUUGCUGAUUUAUCCUCCUCUAUUUUAAUGAUGUCUACUACUGUCGAUGGAGUUCGUAUCUGUCCAACUACUGGUAAUCAGUAUUAUACUCCUAUUGUUCCAGAUUCUUCCAAACCUGUAGUUGGUAUGCAUUUCCAGUCAAUUGAUUCUGCCUUUAAUUUCUAUAAGAAGUAUGCUAAGUUAUCUGGGUUUGAGGGUCGAAAGCAUACUCAAUCUUCAAAAAAUGGUGUUGUGAUUAGAAAGUACUUUGUUUGUGCGAAAGAGGGUUCAGCGACAUCCUGUGCUGUUGACACGGUAAAUGAUAGUGUUGGUGCUGAUAAAAAGUUAAAUGACCGAAGGAGGAGACCUUCUAAACGUACCGGAUGUAAGGCACACAUCCGUUUGUCUUUAACUCCAAAAAAUACUUAUAGAAUUUCUCAUGUAUUUGAGGAGCAUAAUCAUUCUUUUGUUGAUGAAGAGGAUUAUCAUCUUUUAGCUUCGUCUAGAAAGUUGACAUUCACUGAAGAGCAACUGCUUUCUGAUUUUUCUGAGAUGAAUAUUGGUCCAGUUAGGGCAUUCAACCUUAUGAGAAAGAUUCGUGGUGGAUUUGAUAAGGUUGGAGUGACGUCUACUGAUUGUAAAAAUUUUAAAAGAGAUAUUAAUUUGUUCAUUGGAGAGUUUGAUGUGGAUAUGGCUGUCCAACGUCUUAUGAAGAAGAAGCUGUAUUUGCCGAAUUUUUCUUGUGAAUUUUAUUGUGAUGAAAAAGGUGCUCUUGCUGGAUUAUUUUGGGCUGAUGAAGAAAUGAAACUGAAUUAUGAGGUCUUUGGGGAUGUUAUGUCUUUUGAUGCUACGUUCCGUACGAACAUGUAUUUUAUUCACUUUUUGUAG